CGACAUGACAUGCGCAUUAUACACUGUUGAUGACUUCGCUAGUUGUUUCGACCGAGCUUUGAAACUGGAUCGCUAAAAUAGAUAAAACAUUGUCUCCUUCGUUAGAUACGACAAUGCUACAGUUUUUGGCUGGGUUUACCUUGGGAAACGUUGUUGGGAUGUACCUCGCUCAAAACUACGAGGUCCCCAACAUUUCCAAAAAGAUAGAAGCUUUCAAAAAGGACGUGGAGGCAAAGAAGAAACCUCCGGCAGAGUAAAGAAGAGAUUGCUCAACAACAUGGAUAGAAUGAAACGGGCAGAUUGAAGAGAUGGGGACUAUUGGAACAACAAGAUGCACACUGCAGAGGAUAGAUACCAAAUGUUCAUCUCGUUUAAUAUUUAAUAUCAAAAGCAGUAUGUGUACUAAGGUUACACUGGCAGAGGAAUAAAUUGUAAGAAUGUCUUCUCUAA